CAGGGCUUCCCAGUGCUGCUGCUGUAAGUUUUGCUGCUGCUGCUGCGGUGAGCAUGAGACCCGCACCCCGGAGGAGCUGACCAUCCUUGGAGAAACACAGGAGGAGGAGGAUGAGAUCCUUCCAAGGAAAGACUAUGAGGUUGCGUGCUGAUUGCUGGAGAGUACAGGUUGCUUGAGUUCCAGGUAAUGGGGAGUUUACUGUAAUAAAGGCUACAGAGGAACAGCCAAUGAAGAGGUGCACAGGGCAAGAGUUUGGAUUAUGAUCGCUGUAUCAAUGACCCUUACCUGGAAGUUUUGGAGACCAUGGAUAAUAAGAAAGGUCGAAGGUUCGAGGCUGUGAAGUGGAUAGUGGUGUGUGCCAUUGGAGUCUGCACUGGGCUGGUGGGUCUCUUUGUGGACUUUUUUGUGCGACUUUUCACCCAACUCAAGUUUGGAGUGGUACAAGCAUCCGUGGAAGAGUGCAGCCAGAAGGGCUGCCUCGCCCUCUCUCUCCUGGAACUCUUGGGUUUUAACUUGACCUUCGUCUUCUUGGCAAGCCUUCUCGUGCUAAUCGAGCCCGUGGCAGCAGGUUCUGGGAUACCUGAGAUCAAAUGCUAUCUGAAUGGCGUGAAGAUUCCAGGAAUCGUCCGUCUCCGAACCCUGGUCUGCAAGGUCUUUGGAGUGCUGUUCAGUGUGGCUGGAGGGCUCUUCGUGGGUAAAGAAGGCCCCAUGGUCCACAGUGGCGCCGUGGUGGGAGCUGGCCUCCCUCAGUUUCAGAGCAUCUCUUUACGGAAGAUCCAGUUUAACUUCCCCUAUUUCCGAAGCGACAGGUAUGAAAGGGACAAGCGAAACUUCGUGUCAGCAGGGGCAGCCGCUGGAAUUGCAGCAGCAUUCGGGGCCCCGAUUGGGGGUACCUUGUUCACCCUGGAGGAGGGGUCAUCCUUCUGGAACCAAGGGCUCACGUGGAAAGUGCUCUUUUGUUCCAUGUCUGCCACCUUCACCCUCAACUUCUUCCGUUCUGGGGUUCAGUUUGGAAAUUGGGGUUCCUUCCAGCUCCCUGGAUUACUCAACUUCGGCGAAUUUAAGUGCUCUGACUCUGAUAAAAAAUGUCACCUCUGGACAGCUAUGGAUAUGGGUUUCUUCGUCGUGAUGGGUGUCAUUGGGGGCCUCCUGGGAGCCAUAUUCAACUGCCUGAACAAAAGGCUCGCAAAGUACCGCAUGCGAAACGUGCACCCGAAACCCAAGCUUGUCAGAGUCUUAGAGAGCCUCUUGGUGUCUCUGGUAACCACCAUGGUGGUGUUUGUGGCCUCAAUGGUGUUGGGAGAAUGUCGAGAGCUGUCGCCUUCAAGUCGAACCAGAAAUAACUCAAUCCACCUCCAGAUGGCAACAGAAGAUGUGAAUUCAAGUACCAAGACGUUUUUUUGUCCCAACGAUACCUAUAAUGACAUGGCCACGCUCUUCUUCAAUCCCCAGGAGUCUGCCAUCCUCCAGCUCUUCCACCAGGACGGUACUUUCAGCCCCGUCACUUUGGCCUUGUUCUUCGUCCUCUAUUUCUUGCUUGCAUGUUGGACUUAUGGCAUUUCUGUUCCAAGUGGCCUUUUUGUGCCCAUUCUGCUGUGUGGAGCAGCUUAUGGACGAUUAGUUGCCAAUCUCCUAAAAAGCUACAUUGGAUUGGGCCACAUCUACUCAGGGACCUUUGCCCUGAUUGGUGCCGCAGCUCUUUUGGGUGGGGUUGUCCGUAUGACCAUCAGUCUCACAGUCAUCCUGAUCGAGUCUACUAACGAGAUCACGUAUGGGCUUCCCAUCAUGAUCACCCUGAUGGUGGCCAAGUGGAUAGGGGACUAUUUCAAUAAGGGCAUUUAUGAUAUCCACGUGGGCCUGCGAGGUGUGCCGCUUCUGGAGUGGGAAACUGAGGUGGAAAUGGAUAAACUGAGAGCCAGUGACAUCAUGGAGCCCAACUUGACCUACGUCUACCCGCACACCCGCAUCCAGUCUCUGGUCAGCAUCCUACGUACCACGGUCCACCACGCCUUCCCGGUGGUCACAGAGAACCGGGGCAAUGAGAAGGAGUUCAUGAAGGGCAACCAGCUCAUCAGUAACAACAUCAAGUUCAAGGUAAAGGAGACGGCCCUGAGCGGAAAGAAAUCCAGCAUCCUCACCCGAGCCGGUGAGCAGCGCAAGCGUAGCCAGUCCAUGAAGUCUUACCCCUCGAGCGAGCUGCGGAACAUGUGUGAUGAGCACAUUGCCUCCGAGGACCCAGGGGAGAAGGAGGACCUCCUGCAGCAGAUGCUGGAGAGGAGAUACACUCCCUACCCCAACCUAUACCCUGACCAGUCCCCGAGUGAAGACUGGACCAUGGAGGAACGCUUCCGCCCUCUGACCUUUCACGGUCUGAUCCUUCGGUCGCAGCUUGUUACCCUGCUUGUCCGAGGAGUUUGUUACUCUGAAAGUCAGUCGAGCGCCAACCAGCCCCGCCUUUCCUAUGCCGAGAUGGCCGAGGAUUACCCGAGGUACCCCGACAUCCACGACCUGGACCUGACGCUGCUGAACCCGCGGAUGAUUGUGGAUGUCACCCCGUACAUGAACCCUUCGCCCUUCACCGUCUCACCCAACACCCACGUCUCCCAAGUCUUCAACCUGUUCAGAACGAUGGGCCUGCGCCACUUGCCUGUGGUGAAUGCGAUGGGAGAGAUCGUUGGGAUCAUUACACGGCACAACCUGACAUAUGAAUUUCUGCAGGCCCGACUGAGGCAGCAUUACCAUACCAUGUGACCAGCCUGCCCAGGGCUGCCUGGGGCCGCAGCUUGCUCUCACUCCGGCCGGCAUAGGUGGCUGAGAUUGUUCCAGGGCAUGGAAGAUUCCUAGUCACCCUCUCUC